CUUGGCGCUGGCGGAGUGAUACACGGCAUAGUGCGUUUCUACUCUGACGCUUCGGCUUUUCGAAAAUUCUGGUGGAUGGUGAUUCUGAGAACGGGUUGGCGAAAGUGCUUCUGUGCUAUUUUGACCACUUGGAAAUCGCUUACGGUUACUGUUCCCCCUGUUUGCAGGCUCUGGUACUACGAGCGAACACUGCUGAAGAUAUGGCGCGUUUGGUUGCUGUUUGCAGGGACGGAGAGGAGGAUUUCCCAUUCCUUGAACGACAGAUUCCCCUCUAUAUUGAUGACACCCUUACGAUGGUGAUGGAAUUUUCUGAUAAUGUGUUAAACCUUGAAAGUUUUCAGAUGAACACAGCACAAAUGAAACAGUUUAUACAGUACCACAGUAUGCUGAAGCAACAGGAUUUGAACAUUGCCAUGAUGGUGACAUCCCGGGAAGUAUUCAGUGCACUGUCUCAGCUUGUUCCAUGUGUUGGCUGCCGCCGUAGUGUUGAACGUCUGUUUUCCCAGCUUGUUGAAUCAGGAAAUCCAGCUUUGGAGCCCCUGACAGUAGGAUCCACAGGAGUUCUUUCUUUAACUAGAGCGUGUAUGACUGAUGCAAAGAAACUUUACACCUUGUUCUAUGUUCACGGCUCAAAAUUAAAUGAUAUGAUAGAUGCAAUUCCCAAAAGUAAGAAGAAUAAAAGAUGUCAGUUACACUCACUCGAUACUCACAAGCCCAAACCUCUGGGAGGCUGUUGGAUGGAUGUGUGGGAGCUUAUGUCCCAAGAAUGCAGAGAUGAAGUAGUAUUGAUAGAUUCAACAUGUUUAUUAGAGACUCUGGAAAAUUAUCUAAGGAAACACAGAUUUUGUACUGACUGCAAAAAUAAAGUUCUAAGAGCAUACAAUAUUCUUAUUGGGGAACUGGACUGCAGCAAGGAAAAGGGAUAUUGUGCUGCUCUUUAUGAGGGUCUCCGUUGCUGCCCCCACGAGCGUCACAUUCAUGUGUGUUGUGAAACAGACUUCAUUGCACAUUUGUUAGGAAGAGCUGAGCCUGAGUUUGCUGGAGGGUAUGAACGCAGAGAACGACAUGCUAAAACGAUUGAUAUUGCCCAAGAGGAGGUUUUAACUUGUCUUGGCAUUCACUUGUAUGAGCGAUUACAUCGAAUCUGGCAAAAAUUAAGAGCUGAAGAGCAGACUUGGCAGAUGCUGUUUUACCUUGGAGUUGAUGCUUUGCGAAAAAGUUUUGAGAUGGCUGUGGAAAAAGUUCAGGGAAUAAGUCGUCUGGAGCAGCUAUGUGAAGAGCUUUCGGAAGAAGAGAGAGUGCGUGAACUAAAGCAGGAAAAGAAACGUCAGAAGCGCAAAAAUAGACGCAAAAACAAAUGUGGGUUUGAAAUGCCUGGCCAAGAUGUAGAGGACAAAGUAAAAAGUGAACAGGAUUUAUCAGAGCCUGUAAAAAGCAGCUGUAAAGCAUGUGGCAAUAUUGAGGAGACGAGCCAUUGUGUUGAAGUAAUAGUUACAAAUGAAACUGCAUCCUGCAAUUGUCACAGUAGUGUAAUACUGGGCUCACCAAAAGAAAAGAAAGGUUUAUCACCUCAGUGUAAUGGAAGUGACUGUGGAUACUCUUCAAGCAUGGAGGGUAGUGAAACUGGAUCAAGGGAAGGUUCUGAUGUAGCUUGCACUGAAGGUAUCUGCAACCAUGAUGAAACAGGUGACUACUCCUGUGUUCAUCAAUGUGUUGAAGAUAAAGAAGAUGAUGGUGACAGUUGUGUUGAAUGCUGGGCCAAUGCAGAGGAGAACCUAAAAAGUAAAAAUAAAAAGAAGAAAAAGAAAAGUAAAAGCUCUUUAAAUGGCAACGAACAAUGUCAUAAGCUUGAAGGCUAUAUGCCUGACACAAAUCAUAGAGAUGCCACUGGUACCAGUCACAGUGAAUUGCAUAGUUGCCGAUCCAAAGAAAGGUGUGCUGGUGCAGGAUGUAGUCCAUGUGCAAAUGCAAAUGACUUCCUACAGUUACCUUGGACAGAACGUCGAAGAACCACAAACCGUAGCUGUGGUCCUGUUAAAGUGUCAUCUUGUCCACGUGUAGAUAGAGGCACUAAAAGCUUAAUUGAACUUCUUGAUGAAUCAGAAGGCACCUCGGAUGAAGAAAAUUACUUAACACAAGAUGAGAUACAGUCAUUUGUCGCAAACAAUCAGUCAUUUUACAGCAACAGAGAUCAGUACCGACAGCACCUGAAAGAAAAGUUCAAUACGUACUGCCGCUCAAAUGAGCCCAGGAAACAAAUUUGCAGUGGAGGCUGGUUCACCACAACUGGGGUUAUCUAACAAUACAUUUUGCCCUACACAUAAUGACCACUGCGCCUUCUUGUUUCUGAUUUCUUACAUACUUGGAUGUCUUUUUCCCCCUUUUUUUUUAAUCGUUUGAAUUAUUUUUUACCCCACUGUCUACACUUUCCCACCUUUCUUUUAUUUCUAGCAUCUGAUUUAAGCUGGUGGUGGAGAGCACACAAAAUGAUUUUUCCUAAGCUUGCAAACUGUUACAUUUUAAAAUAUGUGACGGUCUGCCUUAUUUUAAGCCAUUGGAAUUUUCCAUUGUUUCUAUGACUGUGACACUUAGCGAUUAGUGCAAAACAUUCUACAAAUAAAUGUGUACAGAAAUAAAAAUUAUCUGAAUAUAAGAUUUUACAAAGACAUCCAUUUAUAAAAUGAAAUGUUUUGGAUGUAUUAUGUUAAAGCGCAAUGAGCAAAAUUUACAAAAUAAAGAAUAUUUAUUAAUAUGCAUCA